AUGUUUACUCUCAGAUACGGUGUAGAGCCCUGGGGCAAUUUCUAUGGUAGUGCGAGGCAAAAUGGAGGAACAUCGAUUAGGGAUACCUCACUCGGCCGUUUGGCUGCAUUGGACGAUCAAUCUCUCCUCGAAGUUCUGGGGCUUCUGAGCUAUGAACAUCUUCUCCUUGUUUGCAUGACAAGUCGUGCUUUGUAUGUGUUCGGACACCAUGACGAGCUUUGGAGGACAUUGGCCCUGAACUAUCUGCAAGGAGACUUUCAGUUCGCAGAUAGCUGGAAGUCAACGCUGGGAAGGAAACUUCUCGGCAAGAGGUUUCCAGGUCAUAGACCUCUGACAGUCAAAGGGCUGUAUUCAGACCUCUUGUUCCAACCCUGGCUAUGCGCCACAGUCGGAGUGCUCCCGGAAUGGUUGGAGGUCUCUAACAUAGAACGGAGAGACAACCUAACCCUUGAGUCGUUCAUCGACGAGUAUGAGAGACGCAACAGGCCCGUCAUUGUCACAGACGUCGUCAAGCAUUGGCCGGCUUUCAAGAAAUGGAAUCGCGAGUACCUGCUUGAGAACUUCGGCGAGAAAGAGUUUGAGGUGGGCCCAGUGAAGAUGAAAAUGAACAACUUCUAUCACUACUGCGAUCACGCCAAGGAAGAAAAACCCUUGUAUCUCUUCGACAAGGACUUCCCAGUCACUUGUCCCUCCUUGGUCGAAGACUACGAAGUACCCGAAUACUUCAAACAAGACUUUUUUGAAGCACUCGGAGAUUCAAGACCAAACUGGCGAUGGAUCAUCAUCGGACCAGCACGAAGUGGUUCCUCCUUUCAUAUUGACCCCAACAGUACUAGUGCGUGGAACGCCGUGAUUUCAGGGAGGAAGAAGUGGAUUAUGUUUCCUCCUGGUCAGAGGCCUCCAGGAGUAUUUCCGAGCGCCGACAUGGCGAACGUUGCGACCUCGGCAUCUAUCUGGGAAUGGUUCCUCAACUUUUAUCCUGCGACAAAGUCUUGCAAGGUCCGUCCUCUCGAAUGUGUAUGCGAAGCAGGAGAAAUCAUUUUUGUGCCUAAUGGAUGGUGGCAUUGUGUGCUGAAUUUAGAGCCGUCAGUUGCCAUCACUCAAAACUAUGUAAGAACCUCUCGGCACAUUGUCCACGUUUAA